UCUGUCCUGCAGAAACAUAUUUAUUGCGCGCUGAAGACAGACACGCACAUGUAAUAAAAUGGGGUCCAUGUUUGCGCUUCUUUUCUUCAUUUGGUUUGCAGAUGCAGAGCUAAAACUCCGCAAAGGGUCCGGGGUUGUAUGUACUUUCAAAGACAAGACAUACAGCCCAGGAGACAGCUGGCACCCCUAUCUGGAGCCCUUUGGAUUUAUGUUCUGCAUGCGCUGUUCCUGCACUGAGACAGGCCAUGUGAAAUGCAGCACAAUCAAGUGUCCUGCUCUGGCGUGCGCAAACCCAGUAGCCAAGCCUCAGCAGUGUUGUCCAAGAUGCACAGAUGAGCCCAGGAUCCCUGCAGGGCUAAGGGCUUCAGUGAAAUCCUGCAGGCAUAAUGGAAGUAUUUAUCAGCCGGGGGAGACCUUCACAAAGCACGACCUCUUUCCAUCCAAGCAAAGCAAUCAGUGUGCCAUGUGCUCAUGCUCCAAUGGACACAUCUUCUGUGCUCUGAAAACAUGCCAACCCAUCACCUGUUCCUCACCAGUCUCUCUUCCAGAUACCUGCUGUUUGGUGUGUAAAGAUCAAGACACCAGUGGGUACUCAUCAACUGAGGAUGGAAACCAGCAACUGAACAGAGGCGUUAGGCAUUCAGUUGACCAGUGUUCUGGAGAGCUGAGCAGGGCGUGGCCCGACCGUACCACUCCAACCAGGGUCAGGACAUCUGUAAGAGGCCUGAGUCUCAGUAAACUUAACCUCAAAGGGGCUUCGGAGACCACUGUGAACAUUUUGUUGCAGAGGAAACACCAGAGAGCGUGUUUAUACAAUGGCAAGACAUAUUCGCAUGGAGACAUAUGGCACCCAGUUUUGGGGAAGGUCCUGGAAUGCAUCCUGUGCACUUGUACUGAUGGCCUCCAGGAAUGCAAACGCAUCACGUGUCCCAGCCAGUAUCCGUGCCAACAUCCUAUGAAAUCAGCGGGAAAGUGCUGCAAGACUUGUCCAGAGAGUAAAACGGAAAGUAACCAGACCCAGUGUUAUCUUGGAUAUAAGAAUAAUCUCUUGGUGUAUAAAGUGGAAUCAUCUUUGAAAAUUGACCCGCCCAACACCGUUAGGAUUAUUGCUGUUGAAAGACAAAAUACUGCUGAAGUUGAAGUGCAAGUAUGGAAGACUGUAGAAGGGGUUUUACAAUUAAUGGAAAUUGGCAACAUUCAAAGAAAAGAUAUUGUGGAUCAUCCAGAAAAUUACACGUUGCUGACAACACUCGAUGAAGAGACAUGGAGAAAGUUUAAAGAGGAGGGAGAAAAUCUGAGUAAAGCUCCUCAGAAUACAAUUUGUGAAGAUGGCAUUCGGGAGAUGGUGGCUUUCCUAAAUCCCAGGCAGAUUGAAGGAUUGUGUACACCCUAAUAACCACUUUUGAUAUUGAUACUCCCAAUAAGUACAUGGGUGGCAUCUAUACUUCAGUCAUACAUGUUGCACUUGGAUGUCCUGCCUCAUUACUGUCACAGUUUCUCAUUUAUAAUGUUGCUUAUCAGUCCACCUGGAGUCCAUUAUGUUUUAAUCAUCACAUUUUUUAUUUUAUUUAAGUGGGUGGUUUUAGUUGAAAGCUCUAGACAUAAUGCAACAAAAAGUAAACGUGGACACAGCUCUGAACUGGAAACAGUUAGAGCCUCUAGGUAUUAAUUUGAAAUGAGUGUUUUUCACACAGAUUUUGAGAUGUGCAUUUAUAGAAUGAUUGAGGACAUUUUGGGAUCAGUGUUUUCUAAACAAUCCCUUUAUAAAAAUAAUAUGUAUUUUAGAACAGUCACCAAGGGCCGUGUAUUUUUUAAAAGAAUUUUAUAUGUUCAUCAACAUAUUUAUUGUAAAUACAAGGUUUUCUCACCUUAUUUAAAGCUUAUUGGUUUUUGUAUGAUUUCUGUGUAUAUACAUUCGACAGUCUGAAUGUUGUGUUUUACAUGUACACAACAGUGUCACCACGGUGUAGAACAAACGGAGAAAACAGCCUUUGCAUUUCAUUCUUUGUGAUGUUAAAUAUAGACCUACUGUAGCUAUUUUUAAUCAGCCAUUUGGUUUGUUGUCAUAGCCUAAUGACUUUACCAUAAAGUAUUUUUUAAAUGAUUCUAGUAGAUGUAGUUGAAUUCAUUCUGUGCUUCUGCUCGAGGUUGCAACCCAUAAAGUGUUCUCAAUGUUUUACACUACAUUUUUGUCUGAUUUGUUUCUAGCUGUAAUUUUUAUGUUUAAAUGAAAUUGAAUCAUUUCCAUAGAGUCAUACAGCUCACAGUAAGAUAGC